AUGCUGCAGCUGCGGUGUCACUCCUUUCAUUACGAGGACCCAUUCAGCUGGCUGACCCUGCGGCGGCAUGCCGCAGAGGUGCGCCGGCUGCUGCAGCAUGAGCGGCGGCACUACGAUGCGCUCGCGGCCGGGUGGAGGCGCGAGAAGCAACGACUUGUGGACGAGAUACGGCGCCACGUGGACGAGCAGCACGCGAGCGAGGGCCCUGCGCCCCCUGAACGCGCCGGCGCCUACCUGUACUUCCCCGGGCCGCCUGGCGCCGCCAGCGGCCAGCCCAGCCUGCUGCGCCGCCCCGCCAGGGGCGGCGCCGGCGUCAGCGGCGGCGGCGACAACGAGGGGUUCGGAGGGGCCCCCCAGGUUGAGAAUGACGAGGUUGUGCUGAGCGAUGAGAUCAUCGAAGGGGACGCAGCGCGGCUGUCGCAGCGCCUGGGCACCCCUGUGAGGGGCACUGAGGCGCGCUCCUUGAAGCUGUCACGCGACCACCGCCUGCUGGCCUACACGCUGCCCUUUGACGACAGCGGGGACGCGUGCUGCGGCUGCGUCAGGGACCUGGCUGCAGGAACCAUGCUUGACAGCGGCGUGCUGCCGCGCGCAGACGGGGUGGAGUGGUCGGCCGACGGCCGCUGGCUCUGGUACACAGUGCCCGACGACUCUGGCAGGCCCAGCCAGGUAUUCCGCCGCCGCCUGGGUGCCCCUGCGUGCGAGGACGCGCGCGUCUUUGAGGAGACCGACCUGUCACACUUUGUGUCCCUGACGCGCACCAAGGACUGGCGCUAUGUGCUAAUCAACAGCCACGCCAAGCUGGCGUCCGAGGUCCACUUGCUGGACGCCCACCAACCAGAGCUGCCCCCAGUUUGUGUCUCGCCCCGCCGCCAUGGCCACGAGUACUUUGUCGAGCACUGGCGCGGCCGCCUGCUGCUGCUGACCAACGGGGGGGUGGCGGGGGCAGACUACCGGCUGAUGACGCUGGGGCUCGAGGGGGUUUACGAGCAGCAGCAGCAGCAGCAGCAGCAGCAGCAGCUGCAGCUGCAGCAGCAGCAGCCGCCAAAACUCCAGGAGCUGCUCGUCCAUGCUGACGAAAGCCGUGGCGGCGAAGCGGGCGAUGGUGGCUGGCGGCUGCUCGUGCCAGAGCGCGAGGGGGUGUGCAUCACGGACCUGGAUGUGUUUGAGGGGGCUGCUGUGCUGCACGAGAUGAGGGACGCGCGGCCGCGGCUGUCGCUGGUGCGGCUCAAAGAGGGCCUUGGCGCAGGCUGGGGCAGCGGGGGGGCAGGCGGCGAGGGCGGCAGUGAUGAGGUGACGGUUGAAGAGGUGCCCCUGACCCUGAUGCAGCGCGCAGACCUGCAAACGAGGGGCAGUGCGCCCGCGCUGGUGCACGUGUAUGGCGCUUACGGCCAGUGCCUCGAAGCCGACUACGACCCCGGACGCCUCACCCUGUUGGACCGCGGCUGGGUGGUCGCGCUGGCCCACGUACGGGGCGGCGGCGAGCUCGGCAGGAGGUGGCACGCAGCCGGGCGCCAGCUCAACAAGCCGAAUUCCGCCCUCGACCUGCUCGCCUGCAUGAGAUGGCUUGCACGUUCAGGCCUGUCUGCGCCCGGCUGCGUCGCGGCGCACGCCAGCAGCGCCGGCUGCCUGGCGCUCGGCGCGGCCCUCAAUAUGGAUCCCGUGCUGUUUGGCGCGGCGGUCUUUGAGGCGCCAUUUGUGGACCUGCUUGGUUCGGUGUCACAGCCGGCCACCACCACCAGCCCAGGCAACAGCAACGGCGGCAGCAGUGGCGACGGUCGCAAAGGCUGCGGCUUGGAGAGCACAGGCGGGCGACAGCAGCAGCAGCAGCAACAGCAGCAGCAGCAGCAGCAGCAGCACAUGCUGACCGAGCACGAACGGGACGAAUGGGGCGACCCUGCCGCCAGCGCAGACGUGCUGCGUGUGCUGCGAGCACUGUGCCCCUACCACAACGUGGGUGUCAACGCGGCUGGCAGCGACGGCGGCGACAACGGCGUCGGCGGCUGCGGCGGUGGCAGCGAAGAAGCGGGGCGCGCCGUGUACCCUCCAGUGCUGAUCAAUGUGGGGCUGUCAGAUGAGCGUGUGCCGUGGUCUGGCGCUGUCAAGUACGCAGCAAAGCUGCGCGCAGCCGCCGCACCGGCCGGAGUUUGCCCCGGCAACAGCCAGGCGACCGAGCAUACGGCCACGCGCGGAGGACGGCGCACGGGGCCGACGGCGAGGGUGGGCCCACGCGUGGGCCGGGGCCAGGUGCUGCUGCGAGUGCAGGAGGGUGGGCAUUUCAGCCUGGGGCUAGUCAGCAGGGAGGCGGGGGAAAUGGCGGAGACCUACGGCUUUUUGGUGGGCGCGCUGGGCGAGGAGGGGGCAGGCCUGUGA